AUGCAGUCCUUCCAGAUCGCUCUUUUCCUCGCAACCAUUGUUGCCGGUGUGGCUGCGGCCCCCACUCCUUCCGGCCCCGGCUACGGCUGCUACGAGCGCUUCCACCCCGAGCAGCAGGAGGUCGAGAACUGCGACGAGACCAACUACAACGCACCCUACAGGGCCACCAACUACUACCGUCCCUACAACAACUACCGCCCGAGCUACCAGCCCUCGAGCAACUACCACCCGUACAACGACUACCACCCCAGCCUGAACAAGCCCGCCUUCUACCGCGCCUACGACCGCCAGUCGGCCGAGUACGAGGAGACCGACGCCUCGUCCGACAACCAGAACGCGAACGAGAACGCCAUGGCGACCGACAACCUUGCUGGAGCCAAGUCCGAGAACGCGAACGAGAACGCGAACCUGGCCAAGGGCGGCGAGGCCUUCGGCUUCGGCGCGAUCGAGAGCGACAACCGCAACCUGCUCGCCAACGAGAACAACAUCGAGGUAGCCAACGCGAACAAGAACGAGCUGGGCGUGGAGGUUGCCAACUUCAACGCCAACGAGAACUCGGCCGAGCAGGAGUCUGCCGCCCUCGCUGAGGUCAUGAACGAGGACCACGCAGAGUUCACCGACAUCCAGGAGAACGAGACCGACAACCUGAACCUGAACGACAACUACAACGACCGCGAGCAGCGCGGCUGCGGCUACUGCAAUGGUGGUGGCCACAACCAACACCGCUGCAACAAGCGCGCCGCCCGCGUCUAG